AUGCGAGUGGUCAUUUUUAUCUUAUUGUUAUCAUUGAGCACAGGUUCAUUCGCAUCCGGUAAUGACUGGAACUAUCAAAAUGAAGGACCUGAUGUUUGGAGCGACUCAUAUCCACUUUGUGCUGCACGAUUACAGUCGCCAAUCGAUAUUAAAACUGCAUGCACAAAAUAUUUAUCCUAUAAGCCUUUUCAGUUUACCGAGGAUUACAGUAUGGUGCAUAAUUUUACGCUUCAAAAUAACGGACAUACCAUUGUUGGUACAUGGAAUGCAAGUUACUCAGCUUCAUUGAAAUUGGUCGGUGGGGAUCUGAAUGGAAGUUUCGAUUUUGUUAGUUUUCAUCUUCAUUGGGGAGAAAACUAUAGAUCCGGUAGUGAACAUCAAGUCAAUGGCAACAAAUAUGCAGGCGAAAUUCAUUUUAUCUAUAUGAAUCCGAAAACGCAUCAAGUAGCCGUACUCGGAAUAUUCAUGGAAAGUGUUCGAAAUCUUACCAUAAACGAGACUGUCGAAAAGACUGCACGGUCCCCUAGUUAUACGAUCGACGAAUGGAAACGAUACUUCGAUGUAGCUCAGUAUCUGAAAAAGCCGGAUAAUACGACCAACCUCAGUUUGAACUUGUCUUCACUGAUGGGAGACUCUCUUAAUGAUUUCUGGCGAUAUGAAGGAUCGUUAACAACACCGCCAUGUACAGAAGGGAUCAUAUGGACAAUAUUUAGGGAGCCGAUUGUAUUCACUGAGAGUGAAUUGGAGAGUUUUCGAACAAACGUCUACUUCGAAGAUUAUCGCGAUCCGCAGCCUUUCAAUACUACCGAAAUGCCUAUCGAAUUAUUUAUUUUCGUGACUACUGCACUAGUAGUCCCUCACGCUGUAUUUGGAGAACUCUGGAACUACGGAGAUCUUGGACCUGAUGUUUGGAGCGACACUUAUCCACUUUGUGCUUCACGCUCACAGUCGCCCAUCAAUAUCAAGACUGCCUGCACUACCUUUCAACCGUUCCUACCUUUUAAGUUUAGCUCAUCGUACAGCAAAACUAAUAACUUUACACUUCAAAACAAUGGACAUACCAUCGUAGGACAAUAUUUUGGUAAUGAUACUGCCUCUUUCAACCUCACCGGAGGUGCACUGAAUGGUACAUUCCGUUUUGUCAACUUCCAUCUUCACUGGGGAGAAAACUACAAGUCCGGUAGCGAACAUCAAGUGAAUGGCAAAAAAUAUGCAGGAGAAAUUCACUUCGUUCACAGAAAUCCAGAUACGGGUCAAAUAGCUGUUCUUGGAAUGUUCAUGGAGAGCGUUCGAAACUUUACCAUACACGAGACCAUCGAAAAAGCUGCCAAGGUCUCUGUUACUACGGUAAAUGAAUGGAAAAGAUACUUUGAUGUUGCUGAACAAUUGACACAAUAUGAGAACAAAACUGUACUUAAUUUAAAUUUGGUUUCCCUAAUGGGAGACUCUCUGAGUGAUUUCUGGCGAUAUGCGGGAUCGUUAACAACGCCACCCUGUACAGAAGGCAUCAUCUGGACUAUGUUCAGAGAUCCAAUCAUAUUCACCGAGAGUGAAUUGGCGAGUUUUCGAACAAACGUCUACUUCGAAGAUUAUCGUGGUCCUCAGCCGCUGUACGAUCGUAUAGUAUAUCGGAGUUUCGAAAAUGAAACUCUAUCGAAAAUACCUGACACCACCGAAAUACCUAUGCAGUUGCUCGUUCUCCUAACUUCUCUGCUUGUGGUGAUCUCUCACGCUGUAUUUGGAGAACUCUGGAACUACGGAGAUCUUGGACCUGAUGUUUGGAGCGACACUUAUCCACUUUGUGCUUCACGCUCACAGUCGCCCAUCAAUAUCAAGACUGCCUGCACUACCUUUCAACCGUUCCUACCUUUUAAGUUUAGCUCAUCGUACAGCAAAACUAAUAACUUUACACUUCAAAACAAUGGACAUACCAUCGUAGGACAAUAUUUUGGUAAUGAUACUGCCUCUUUCAACCUCACCGGAGGUGCACUGAAUGGUACAUUCCGUUUUGUCAACUUCCAUCUUCACUGGGGAGAAAACUACAAGUCCGGUAGCGAACAUCAAGUGAAUGGCAAAAAAUAUGCAGGAGAAAUUCACUUCGUUCACAGAAAUCCAGAUACGGGUCAAAUAGCUGUUCUUGGAAUGUUCAUGGAGAGCGUUCGAAACUUUACCAUACACGAGACCAUCGAAAAAGCUGCCAAGGUCUCUGUUACUACGGUAAAUGAAUGGAAAAGAUACUUUGAUGUUGCUGAACAAUUGACACAAUAUGAGAACAAAACUGUACUUAAUUUAAAUUUGGUUUCCCUAAUGGGAGACUCUCUGAGUGAUUUCUGGCGAUAUGCGGGAUCGUUAACAACGCCACCCUGUACAGAAGGCAUCAUCUGGACUAUGUUCAGAGAUCCAAUCAUAUUCACCGAGAGUGAAUUGGCGAGUUUUCGAACAAACGUCUACUUCGAAGAUUAUCGUGGUCCUCAGCCGCUGUACGAUCGUAUAGUAUAUCGGAGUUUCGAAAAUGAAACCCUAUCGACAAUACCUGAGUAUAAUUGUUGUUCAGGUGCGAGUAAAAUACCUUUGGAAUUACUUCCAUGCAUUGCUAUGAAAUUCUUACUUUUGUUGUUUUCUCAUGUUUCUAAAUAA